CAUGUGCCCUUCUCUCUAAAGCACAGCAUGCUGCUCCUUGUCAAGGGCUGUGAAGCACACAGAAGGCCUUGCACCAGUCCACGCAUCAUGAAGGUCUGCAUAGUCUUCCUUUGUGCUAUGAUUCUUCUCUCAGGUAUUGCUGCCAAUGUGCAUCACGUGAAGUCAUUUCUCAACCACACAGCGUUCCUGCCCUGCUCUUUUCCAAACCCUCAGAACAUUAGCCUGCAGGAUUUGAGAGUUUUUUGGCAGAAAGAGGAUGUUGAAGUUGUGAAUGAAGUAUACCAUGGCCAGGAAAAGCUUGCCAACCUCAACCCUAAGUACAUCAAUCGCACCAAGAUGGACACGGAGAGAUGGACCUUGCAGUUGUUAAACACAGGGAUUGUGGAUGAGGGAGAGUACACCUGCAUUGUGCAGCACACAGAUAAAGGGUCACCAAAGCUCAUACACAAAUCUAAGUGCCUGCUGCACAUCAUUGCCAACUACAGUCAACCUGAGAUAGAAUGGCUGCACACUGGAGAACUAAAGCCCAAGGAGUACUUGAAUCUUUCCUGCUCUUCCAGAGGGGGUUAUCCUGAGCCCAAGAAGAUGUCUUGGGUAGUUUCAUAUGAAAACAAAACGCAACAUUUUACAGCUCACAUGGAUGUCUCACAGGAUGCUGUAUCAAAGCUGUACAAGGUUACAAGCAAGCUGGAUAUCUCAGUUCCUACAAACACUCCCACUAAUAUCAGCUGCCUGCUUUACCUUGGAGAGCAGCUGGAGAACCUUUUCUCAGUGCCACUACGUAUAAAGAUACAGAGUGAAGAAACGCAGCAAGCGAAGAUGGAUUUCUUUGCCGCCCUUACAGCUGCGGCGAUACUGAUCACACUUCUUCUGGGUUUUGUGAUACUGAAGAACAGAAACAUCUCAUCUACCAAUCAGAGUGUUGGUCUAGCAGUUUAGAAGCUAUCCAGCUUGAAACUGAGGCCAUCAGUCAGACUGCUGACUGGGAACCAUCUCUGUACAUAGCAAGACUUGGC